AUGGCGCAAGAAGCCGGGUCCGAUGGAACGCUGGCCAUGCCCCGGCUUGAGGAUAUCCUACGGCACCCAGAAGAUCUCGACAAAAUCCCAGGCCUAAAAGCAGAGUAUUCGCGUAAGAAAGCCGCCGUCGACGCACACCUCCGUGAGGGUCUCCGCGACCAACUAGAAACGGUACAACGCAGCAUCAACGCCCUAACAGAGGGCCAGCGACAGGUCGUGAAAACAAAAGAUGAACUACAAGGGAUAGAUAAGUUGUGCGCGGAGUCGCAGACGAGCGUUGAGGAUUUCUCGCAGAUCGACAGGCUGGCUAAGAUGCAGAGGCAUUUCGAGGCAACGCUGAUGAUUAAAAAGGGGUUGGAGAGUUUCAGCGCGGAUCUUGCUGAAAUUGAGAAUCUGCUUACGGAGGAUGAUGAUAACCUGGAGGAUCAGCCGAAUAUGUUACGGGCGCAUAUGCUGAUUUCGCGACUGAGGGAUUUUCGUGAUGAGGCGAUGGACCAGAUUCGCAAGGCGGGGGAUGGUAGUAAUGAGGAGACCCUAAUUGAUUACUUUCAAGGGCUGGAUUCGGUUAUUGAGUGGUUUGACGAUCAUUUGGGAACUGCGUGCAUGAAUUUGAUUCCGCUCGUGCAGUCGGAUAACAACAGUAUGGUGGUUCGACUGGCAGUAGUUGUCGCAAACGAAGAGAAAAACGAUGAGACGGUGCGUGCGUUGCAAGAGGCACAGAAGGAUCAUAAAGAUUUGGCAAACCGAUUCAAGUCCAUGAAUAUCGGCCCCAAGACGGUUCGCGGCUAUAAGGAGAAGUUCACCAAGGCGAUCGAAUUCUACGCGCAAAAUCAAUUUGAAUCGACUAAGGAGGGCUUCCUUGAUGAUCCUGAUAGUAUGGAAAAGAGUUUCCGGUGGUACUUCAAUGAUCUUUUUACCGUCAAGCAGGGAAUGCAACAGCUUAUGCCCAAGAAGUGGAAGAUCUAUCAGACUUACACCAAUAUCUAUCAUCGGAUGAUGCACGAUUUCCUGGUCGGUUUGAUUGAUGAUCCAGAGUUACCAGCGGACAACCUGCUCGCGAUCAUUCAUUGGUCUGAAAAGUAUUAUAAGAAGAUGAAGAAGUUAGGCUGGGCACAGACAGAACUACAACCCAAUAUUCUUGAUGAUCGUGAGCCUGAACUUAUUCGACAAUGGCAGAACGUCAUCAUCAAAGCUGUCGGGGAAUGGAUGGACCGGAUCCAAACGGCAGACACGAAGGGACUUGUCGAGCGGAUUCCAGACUCUUUGGACACAAAUAUGGAAGGAUACUUCCGGACCCGGACCCUCCCAGACAUGUGGCGUAUGCUUAAUGAGCAGAUCAUGGCCGCCGGUGCUUCCUCGCGGACAGAUCUCGUUGAGGGUAUCAUCGAUGCCAUGUUCCAAGUCCUCAAGGGCCGCCAGUCAGCCUGGCAGACGCUCAUCGACGAGGAAUGUGCUAAGUAUAAGGCUCCAGGGGGCGACCUGCUAGACGGUAUACAGUUAUUGCAGGACUGGCUUGUCGCCGUAGCCAACGACCAAAUCGCCUGUAUCGAUGACAACGAUGAAACAGGCCAACUGGGAUACCUGACUCGAUUCAAGAACGACUUCGAGCCCUACGUGGAUCCGAAAUAUAUGGCGUCACGUGCCAUGGUAGAACUUGACGCCCUGCGCGACGGCUACGUGGAUUUGAGCACGCACUGCCUCAACCAAUUUGUGCAAGUGGUCUUCUCCGUCGACCUCCGCGGCACCAUCCCCGAAUUCUUCACGCAGAAAUGGUACGGUGACUUCGCCAUGAAGCGCAUCACUUCCACCUUCGAUGAUUACAUGGCAGACUACGCACCCGUUCUGCACCCCUCUCUAACCGACAUUCUCGUCGAGGAGUUAUCCGACGAACUCCUCGUCCGCUACCUUUCCUCCGUGCGCAACAAGAGCGUCAAGUUCCGACCAUCACAAGACCCCUACACGGACAAGUUCAAGGAUGACGUUCUUACCGUGUUUGCCUUCUUCCAGAAAUACCCGGAUUCAUUUGCUGCUACCAUCAAGAUGAAGUGGAGGCUUGUUGACUGGCUUGUGCGGUUGCUGGAGUCAGAGAAGGGACCCGCGCUUGUGGCUGUUUACGAGAACUUCAAGACGGAGUACUGGGAUUUGCAGCUUACCUGGGUUGAAGCUGUGCUGAGGACUAGGGAUGACUUUGAGAGGAGCAUGGUUAGUGCUACGAAGGCGAAGGCUGCGGAGUUGUCUGUGGAGGUGGGCAUUGAGACGUUGAUGAGUCGGGUGAGAUGA